UUUUCAAACAUCGAAGUCAAGAACAGACUUCUUGUACAUCUGCUCGUGACAAAUUAUUAAUUGUCAUCCACAAGAUUGCUUCCUCCAUCUUUAGCUGAUAAGGCUCGCUUUCAGUCUCCCUCAAGAAAAAAAGCAAAAGCUAUAGCAACUCCUACCAAUUUUCCAUGGAAAAGCUUCAUCUCAACGCUAUUUGCUAGUCUUUAGAUCACUUUCUGCAGUACCAUUUGCUAGUCUCUCUGCAAUAUCUUUCAAUCUUUCAGUCUUGGCCUUUUUGUUAGCAACCGCCUUACCCCUUCAAUACUCCCAUCUCUUAGCUUCAUCUCCCCAUGGUUGUCUUGCCUUUCUUUCUUCUCCAUUUCCUUUCUCUUUUGCUUCUCUCAUCAGCUAAUUCCACUCUACUAGAUGAAUAUUUCAUCAAUUGUGGGUCAAAGUCCAACAUUACUGUCGGCGGUCGGAACUUCGUUGGUGACCUGAAUUCUGGCUCCUUCUCUGUUGGAACAAGCUCUGACGUCAGUGAGACCAACUCAGCAACAGAUAUGUCUCUCUAUCAAACUGCAAGAAUUUUCAAAAACCCAUCUUCAUAUGAGUUUGAUAUCAUCGAUCAUGGCAUUUAUUAUGUUCGUCUCCAUUUCUUUCCGUUCAUGUCCGGAAAAACUAAUCUGACUAAGGCCCAAUUCGAUGUUUCAACUUCUAAUUUUUCGCUGUUGACAAACUUUGGUAUUAAAGAGAAUAGUAAUUCACCUGUGAUUGAGGAGUUCUUACUCACUAUCAACGGAAGCAAGUUCAGCAUCUACUUUACUCCUCACAGAAAAUCAUUUGCUUUUGUGAGCGCCAUAGAAGUCUUUCUAAUCCCAGAUAAAGACUUCGUCAUGGAUGAUUUUCCUCUAGUUACUGCUGCUGGGAGUAGUGAAACUUACGUUGGCGUACGAUCUCAGUUUUUACGCACAAUUCACAGGGUCAAUGUUGGAGGUCCACAGAACAAUGACACACUGUGGAGGACUUGGAUACCGGAUGAUGAUUAUCUACUUUCCCGAGGAUCUUUGAAAAAUUGUGUCCCUUAUAACGGUACGCUUACGUAUGAUGUUCUUGGUGCUACUAAUUAUAGUGCCUCAGAUGAUGUUUACAGGACUUGCAAAGAAUUAAAUUCAAAUUCGUCCAACAUAACUUGGCGUUUUGGUGUAAACAAGAACGCCAGACACCUGGUGAGGCUGCACUUCUGCGAUAUAGUUAGCGCACGAGCUGAUGUUGCGAUCAAGUUCAAUCUCUCUAUUUAUAGCAACUUCAGUCAGAUGAUCUAUCCUGACGAUGCUAACGAAAUAAACUGGCUGGCAGCUCCGUUUUACUAUGAUUUUGUGGUUGAUUCAGAUGAUUCGGGAGUUAUGAAUGUUAGUGUAGGGCCUAGGCAGGAUUCGUUAGAUAAAACUGCCUAUCUGAAUGGGCUGGAGAUUAUGGAGUUUAUGAAGAAAUCAGAUGUUCCUAUUCACAGAAAGACAAAAAAACGUGUUGUUGUUAUAGUUGCUACCGCUUGUGGCGCGGCCUUUGUCUUCGUUUUGGUAGUGCUGUUCUUGUUGGGUUUGAGAUACAAGAAAGCAAAGCAUGUUGAUGGAGUAGGUUCAUUGCCAGUGCUCCAUGAAAAUGAAAAGAGCAGGUUACUAACUUAAUCCAUCAAAUCCGGGUGCUGCAUCUAUAGCAUAGACCUGAACAUCCUCUGAAGCCUAAGAAUAAGGCAAAACCAAGAAAGAGUCUUUUUUUGGUCCGAGAACAAGUUCCUGCCCAUUGUUUACUGGUCAAAGUAGGAGUUUUAGUCCUAUUAGAAAAGUUGAGAUCUAGAGUCUAUAUAAAUUUGCCAUUGCGCUGAAACAAAUUAAAGAUGAAUAACAAAAAUCUCAAUGCUUUGGUUUAUGAAAGUCUUGUCUACCUAAGUUGUUUUCGUUUUCUUCUUGUUCUUUGCACUGCUCAACCCCUGGACAGAUUCAAGUUUUAGCCCUGUUUUCAAGUCUUUGCAACCCUAAAUCAAUUUGAAAUCAUACUGGCCGGCCAGGAAUGAAGGCCAAUAUCAGAGGCUUCAUCAGAGAAUGCGAGUUGUGCAGGAUGUACGUGUAACUAAAGCUAAUUGUAGCUUAUCGAGCAAUACACAUUAUUAAUAAAAAAUAAAUAAAUAAGAAUUUGCUGA